AUGUAUCAGUCGAUGGAUCUGGAUGAUAUUAAAGGGCAUUCACAUAUUAUCAAUGAGGAUGCUGAAUUUGAUAAGACGGAUUCUGAUAACACCUUCGCUUUAGAACUACAGAAGAUCAUUCAGCAAGAGACUAAUGGAGGUAAAGUUCAGGACGAUGUACUAGCAGAAGCAAUUGCUACCGUUGAUGUUGAUUUGCCCUACUUGUCGAAUGUUUCUUCUCCAGGUUUGGUCUAUGGUACAAACAAGCAGUCAGAGCAUCCUCAGUCGCAUGGGGGUAAGGAUUCGGAUCUUACCGUCGAACAUAUCUUAGGUGAUUUACAAUCUGGGACGGAAGAUGACAAAGAAUUUACUGAUAGAUUGAAUAGACUUCUUUGUGCUCCAGAUAGCUUGAAGAGGGGCUUUUCAGGUGAUAUGGAAAUUGAUAUACCAUCCAACAAGAAACGUAAGAGUGUUUACGAAACCCUUUCUCCACCAGAAUCGAUGUCACCAUUGUCUGACAAGAAUGAUGCCCAACAAAACAGGGAUUUGAAUACCCACAAAGAUUUCUCAGCAAUGAAGAGAAAGAUCAAUUCUCAAAGAAUGUUAAAACAAGUUCCAUUGCCGCCAAAAUUGACCAACGAAUUUACCAUGACCCAGGUAGCAGAAAUGAAGAAAAGAGUCAUAAAUACCCAUAAAUUAAUAUUGAAUUUCAAUUUCCUCAAAGACGGCUAUGCGAGAUCUUGCGAAGAAUUAAGCAAGACUGUUGUCAAGCUGAAGGAUAGUGAGUUCGAUAGGGCUCGAUUGGUGAAGGAAAAUCAAGAUUUGAAAAGGAUGGUUUUAGAAAUGAGCAAACAAUUGAAUGAGAAACAAUGA